AUGCCUAAAGAAGCAUUCAAAAAGCCCUGUAAACAUAUUUAUCUUGUACGUAACCCAAAAGACACUGCUGUUUCAUUUUACAAUCACACAAAGGGUCUUAAGGUAUUGGACUAUGACGGCACUUUCUCGGACUUUUAUGAAUCGUUUAUCGAAGGCGAAGUCGAGUACUCCUCGUGGUUUGACCACGUCACCACUUGGUGGAAAGGAACAAAGGACAAUCCAAAUGUUUUGUGGAUACAUUACGAGGAUCUUAAAAAGGAAUUUAUACCCAUGCUAAAAAAGAUGGCUUCCUUUCUUGGGUGUCCAGCAGAUGAAAACUUCUUGCAGGAAAUUGCAGAAAAGACGAGUUUUAAUACCAUGAAGCAACAAACCGAGAAAUUUGAUGUAAAAGAGGCAUGGAAAACUAAAGAUGGGACUAUGUUUAGGAAAGGUCAAGUUGGCAACUGGAAAGAACAUUUUACAGUGGAACAAAAUGAGAGAUUCAAUAAAGUAUAUGAAGAGAAAAUGGCGGAUUUUCCGGACCUUAAACUUCAAAUACAAUUCACUUAACACAAAGUUGUAGUUGAUAAAAUUACAAACUCACACGACAAAGUGCUAUAUAAAAUACAAAUUGUAUUUUUUCUAACUGUACAUGUACAUCGUCCCUUGCUCCCUGAGCAACUAAAACCUUGCCAAUAACCCCACGUUAACGUUUUUACAAAUCA